AUGACCAAAUCGUCGACUGUCCUUACCGUCGCGUCCGUGACGGCUGCAGGCCUCCUCGCGUACGCGAUAUACUUCGACUACAAGCGUCGAAAUGAUGUCGAGUUUCGCAAGAAGCUGAGAAAAGACAAGAAGCGUGCGGAAAAGUCUGCGGCAGAGUCGAGGGAGUCUCUAGCUGCCUCUGGCUCCAGCAACGAGCUGAGUCCCGAACAGCUAAGGGAGGCUUUGGAGCUAGUGAAAAACGAGCCGCCACCGCCUGGGGCGGCGGAGAAGGAGAACUAUUUCAUGUCCCAGGUGGCCAUGGGCGAGCAGCUUGCAACGAGAGGUCCCGAAUUCCACCUUCCAGCAGCUUUGGCGUUCUACCGCGCGCUGAGGGUUUAUCCUUCGCCCCUUGAGCUUAUUGCCAUUUACGACAAAACGGUUCCCCCUCCCAUAUUCAAGAUCGUUAUGGAGCUUACGAAUCUCGAUGUGAGUACAAUUCUAGUAGAUGGUGCCGUCGUCGAAGGAGGCGAACAAGAGGUGGAGUCUACCUCAUCCCGGCACUCCGCUGAGACGAGUCCUUCAAGGGCACCCUCUGAGGCCUCUUCACAAGAAUGGGAUAAGGUCACAGAUCCUGGCUCCCAGACGCCUAGCACGUUUUGA